AUGUCUAUCAAACGCGAGCAUGAAGAUGUGGACGUCACGGAGCCGCCAGAGCCAGAACGCAAGCGCUCGCGCAAGUCGCGACCGACACAGAACUCGUCGGUAGAUCCCGACUCUGGCCAGAAAUAUGUGUUCGCCAACUAUCACAAUGCUACCACGAUUCCUGUUGGGGAAGAGUCGGAUUUCGAGGAUGACACCGACGCCAUGGCAUAUCUCAUAACUCAAGCUUCCGGAAUACCACACGUUCUCGCGGCGCCGAAAAAAGAAAUUGGUCCCAAGCUUCCGGGCGACUUCGUCAAAAUCAAACAUAAGAGUUCGGACGAUGGCGAAGUCAAGGAUGAAGACGACGAUCAAGUUGAUCGAAGCAUAUACCACACUGGUAUUAGCGAUACCAGAGGUUUCUACGAAGAUGGAGCUUAUAUCGGUCGAAAAGAAGAUUCGGAUGAUGGAAGCAGCGAUGACUGGGCCGAAGCCGAAGAUGAAGACGGCCACAUUUCAGAAUCAGCCGUUCUGAAGGCAUAUUUUGGUUCCAUCCUGCAGCAGUAUCGGCAACUUCGUCUUAUUGUGAACCAGAAUCCUCCGGCGGAUGUAAUCAAGCGGAUUACAUCUUCGCACUUUACGCAUGUUGCGGCAUUUGGUCCAGGAUCGACAGCAAUCAAGAUAUGGCCGUCGCUUCUUCGCAAUACAGACCCCACUCCUCUUCAGAUUUCUUGCAUGUCGAAAGACACCGUCAUCAGGAUACUGCGCAUCAUGCUGGGGGGCAAAUUCCUGCGCCGUGGCUAUUCAGUACCUGAGCGCACCAGCCGCUGGAUAUGGGCUCUGCUGGCCAGGCUACCAGAGCGGGGAGAGCUCAACUACUCGGAAAUUGGUUGGAUAAGAGACCUCGGCCGAAGAGCUGUGCUGCUGGGCAGAAGCCUCUCCGAAAUGGCUGCCCUUCGCGACGAGCUUGCCGAAGGUGGGCUGGGAGUGAAUGAUGCUGUCGACGCCAGCAGCAGUGACGAGGAGGUUGUUGCGGAUGAGCCUGCGAGCCCCGAUGAGGCUAGUGCACCGAGUGCAGAGGCAUCCGAAACUGUAAAAGAGACGGGCAAUAUGAAGGACGAGGAAGAAGAAGACAAUAUCAAGGAGGAGGAGGAGGAGGAGGAGGAGGAUGUGGCAAUGGAGCUAGAGUCGGGCUCUGAUGAGGGAGAAAUUCGCGAGGAUAACGAGGAGAAGCCCCCCGAGAAGGACGAGUCAUUGGAAGCAGCCAAGAAUGCUUUUCUUGCUCGACUAGAAGCACAGGCUUCUGAUGAUGGCCAAGACGAAGACGACAGACUUGACGCCGCCCGGGAGCGAUCUCGGAUGAACAUGCGGGCCACGCUCAACAUGAUCCUCACAGUCGCAGGCGAGUUCUAUGGGCAAAGAGAUUUACUUGAGUUUCGGGAGCCAUUUGUCGGCAUAGUACAUGAUAUUGCCGUACAAUUCUGGUCGCUAAUUUCAAACGACCAUGUCCAAAUCUUGCUCUUCAUCAAAGACGAGGAAGUCAGCAUCUUCAAAAUCUUGGUCGACGUUUCUGUUUUCCUGACCGACGGUCCUGUGGACGGUGCUCUUCUUCACGCGAGAGUGAGGAACGGCCAAGAGGCGAGCGUUACCGCGGCUCCCGGGGCUCAGCUCACCACCGAGCUGCUGCACAUACUCCUCAUCAUCGUAGAUGCGCUUGCGGGAGGGCGGGGUGGCGGUCUCAUUGCCGUCGACGGUCUCUUGGGACAUGGUCAAAUCGGGCACGGCGUCCUCGUCCGGCACGUCGUCGUGCACAAAGGCGGGCUGCGACUCGAAGCCACCGACCUUGUUGAUGCCGCAAAACGGAAGGAGCUCGCGCGAGGCGACCCUGGUGCUGGGGCGGACCACCUUGGGGGCGCCGGGCGUCGUGGUGUCGGUCCAGAGCUUGAAGGCGCUGUGGCCCUCGGUCUUGUAGCCUUCCGGGACCGACUUGCGGACGCGCAUGCCGACGCUCAGCAAGUUCGACUGGACGCUGGCUGGCAGUAUGGGCGCCGGGCGGGCGGUCUCGACGGCGAGCGCACCGGACUGGGCGCCGAAGAAGGAGGUGAUUUGACGCUGAGCCGGGUCCGCGGCGGCGCCGGCAAAGGGGCGCUUGACUCGGGCAGUGCUGGACAUGAUGGAUGGAUUGGACGGAGUGAUGGUGUGUGGCGCGGUGAGAUUCAAAAGAAUUGUCGUCGGGCUGGCCUGCAGCAACAGCGGUGA